AUGUUCAGCACGGGUUUCUUUGGCACCCCACUGGUGUUUAGGAGCCAAGGAUUUGGAAAGCAGCACUCUCCUCGGACACUCCCAACUUUCCUCGCCUCUGGCUCACGCACUCAUCUUGUUGCACCUCUGUGUCUGUCAGGUUUACUCAAACCACUCUGCUGCAAUCUGCCGGUGUCAUCGGGCCUUGGUUAAUGAGCUUAGCAUGUGCAGCACAGCUUGUAGCCUUGCAUGUUGUUGUUGUGGUGGUGGUGGGGGGCACCCCGAAUUGGGUAGCGAGAGAACUAACCAGGACCUCCUUUCUUAUAUUAGCCCUGCAGCUAGUUUCUCUGUCCUCUGUCCUCCCUGACUUGAAUGCUACCUGACUUCACUCUCUCUCUUUUUUGCUUUCGCUCCCUCAGUCUGUCCCAAAGCUUUGUCAUAACUGCUUUGUUGCUGCAUCACCUCUCGGGUAGCUGCGUCUCUUUCCUCUCUUAAAUUCACCUUCUCCAACAACUUUUUUUUGUUCAUUUGCCAAAAUGUACCGGAACCCGUGGAUUUCUAAUUAUCUGAGCCAUGUCAAGUUUUGCAGCGAAGGACUUACAAGUGACAGCCCGAUUACAAUUGGCAAUACCAGACUCCUACAGAAGAGAGCUCUUAGCUUCCAAAAAGAAUUCUCCUUUGACGAAAAGGGCGAUCCAGUCAAAGUUACCAAGGAUAUAGAUACUAGUCUCUUGGCUAAUUUCAAAAAAGUCUCUGAGUUGAGGAAACGAUUUGAAGGCAUUGCCACAAGCACGAGUCACUGGGAAAUGAACAGAAAGGAGCGCAUUGCUCGGCGAUUGGAGGGCAUUGAGGGUGAGGUGCAACCAUCUCUUCUGCCCAAUUUGGUUGCCAACCGGCUUCUGGAAGAGGAUACACCGCGAUACACGAGAGCGUCUGACCCCUGCGAGCCCUGUGGUGUUACAGUGCAAAGGUAUGGAAUGGAAGGAUUGGAAAAUCCAGAUAUGCAGCCAGUGUUUCCUGAGCGACAGUCCAGAACUCAAUGCAGAUCUGACCCUAAAGCCUCCAAUCACACCGAUCAUGUCUACAGUUCAUCCUCAUCCACCAAAGGUGCUCCAGAGCUAGAGUCCAAAGCUGAACGCAUUGCCCGCUACAAGGCGGAACGGCGUCGGCAGCUUGCUGAGCGUUAUGGCAUCUCUUUGGACCAGGAGCCAGACAUGGACUGUCCAUCUCCGUACACUCGUACUCUGGAAGAGCCUGAGGGCUCCGCAAGGCAUAACAAAGCGGAGUUUGUCGCAGAUGAAGAGAGCGACAUCACUAUGAAUUCCUACACUUCCAUCGAUAGCCCGAGGAGAGGGCAAAGUGUGCCCCAACACGGCCAUCCCGAGACCGGAUAUGAAAUGAGUCGAGGCAGAGUAGACUCGUUCUCGGAGCGGGAGAGACUCAUGAACCUGGAGAAUCAACGCAGGGCAGCUGCUCCUGAGCCAUCCGCUUACAUGGAUGUGACAUCAUUGUCCUCCAGCGCGAGGGCGCCUGCUAAGGACUACACCGUCACAGGCGUGCCGCCGAGCUCACCCAAGAUGAGCAGACAUCCUUCUCUCCCCUCACCGAAACACGGGGCAUCACCUGGCGACCUCUUUAUUGAGCAGCAGGCCCAUAACAUACUCAACAGACAUGGUACAAGCGCAAAACUGUGCACUGAUUGGUUCCUCGAGACUGAUGCUGAUGGCGACACCCACUCCUUAAUCAACUGGCCCUCGAGAAUAAGAGUUAGAGAGAGGCUUGCGAAGGAGGAUGCUCGCCAGAGGAGCCCAGAGCCGGGAAGUGUCGCAGAGGCGCCGACAUACCGCAGACAAUUUCAGCAUCAGCCAUCUGCGUGGAACAGCACAGACCCACUGACUCCUCAGCAGAACAACUCCCACCCUCAACAUCACGCUCAGCUCUCUCAGUCCGGCCCACCAGCGGGACUAGAUUUUGUCAGUUAUCCCAGUUAUCUGUCCAUGACCUCUGGUGCUCCAUCCAGAGCGGAGGAGCUCCCAGAUGAAGAAAGUGAGGAGACGGGUGGCGUUAGGACAGAGGGCCUCCUGCGUAGUAGGAAAGCAGUAAUACCCUUAGAGGUCUGCCGCAGGGAGAGGAGCACUAUGGACCCGUGUAGAGGAAUAGGAGAAGAUGAGCUGAGGACCUCCAAAGCGCACACUGAGUUUGACGAUCCCGCAAGAAGAGGUCACAGAGGCAGAGCAAGAUGGGAAACGGCAGAGUCAGCCAGACACACAGAGCACACCAGCCAUCAACAAGAAGCCGGCAGUAGGUCCAGAGAGCGGGAAAAUGCCAUUUAUGUCCACAAAGGGGGGUCUGCAUCUCACAUCCGACCCAAGGCGGUGCAUGCACGCCCAGAAGGAGGCUCCAUCCCUGCUGCAGCAAAUCCUGGUGAUCAAGAGCGAGGUCAAAGGAGCUUGCAUCGCCACAUGCAGGAUCCUCAGGAGCUCAAGAAGUAUAAUGCAGAAAGUCACCAGGACAGCCGUGUGUCUGUGGCCCAGCUCAGAAAUUCUUACAUGGAAAGCUCCGCCAUGCCUCCAAGCAGACGCAGAGCUGAACUGUCCUGUGUGAGCGCUGAGUUGGCUUCCAAUGAAGCUGAUGAAGAGAAGCUCGAUGAACGGGCCAAGCUGAGCGUAGCGGCCAAGCGCUCUCUCUUCAGGGAACUGGAGAAAAACAUCGGAACCGGUAAACCCCGCUCAAGGAAUGCUGCAGUGGACCGGAGGCUGAGGCGGACACAGGACCGAGCCAGAACUCAGCCAGUCACCACUGAAGAGGUGGUCAUCGCCGCCACUCUGCAGGCAUCGUCGCAUCACAACACCAUCACCCGGGAGCAGGCGCCAGAGGCUCAGCCAUCACCGCUCACGCAAGAGACUCACAACUGCAAGAUGGAGGAACAAGUCCAGGCCCAGGAGGAGCCUGACCUCUGCACACUCAGUCUGGCAGAGAAGAUGGCGUUGUUUAACCGGCUGGCGCAGCCCCCCACCAGAGUCACUCGUACCAGGGUGGACACUCGCCAGCGCAGGAACAACGUUCGCUACCAGACACAACCCAUCACUCAGGGUGAUAUGGACCAGCUUCAAAAUGGUACAAGCUCUCGGUUUGAACCCCUCUCUUCAUCCUCGUCCUCUGCUCUAAGAGGAGGCGGGACAGUGUCCACUGACCAUGCAGGAGACAUCCCCUUGAUGAUGGGGCCAGCUGUGGUUGAAAGUGCCCCUCUGUACGCCGACAAGCCGCUGCCCCCUUCCCAUCUCAACAACCGAUCCCGGAGGCCCCACAACCCUGUGGACCGCGAUGGAAAGCCUUAUCGUGUGUCGCAACACGCUGAGGAAGGAACAGACCCGGCAGGAGGAAAGAGGAGGCUGCCCUCUCCUGAGGGAGCAGGCAGCCAGGCUGCUCCGCCUCAGCCACACACUGGAAGAGAGAGAUGGGAGGAAGAGGAGGAGCAGUGGGUAUCCAGGGGGGGGUUUGAUGAAAACACGCAGAACUCUGACCGUCACAUGUCGCUGGAAAGGCAGGAACAAAAGAGUUAUCCGAGGGAGGAAGUGCACCACGCAGCCUGCCAGAGGAGCCGAACAUUCAGUGAAGAGCUACCCGAGCCCACUUUGGUGAGGUCCAGAGCGGCAUCUGUUUCAUCUAGGGGCGUAUGCCAGCCUCCCGAGGCGGACACCUACCGUGACGACGGGGAACUGACAACCGGCCCGUCGCAAUCCGAACUGGAAGACGUGUUGUGCGACACGAUGACUGCUAAACACAUGUCCAUCAAACAGAGGGUGGCGUUGCUGAAGAAAAGUGGCGAGGAUGACUGGAGGAACAGGAUCAAUAAGAAGCAGGAUGCAGUGAAGGUUGCUGUCGGCGAUCAGCACGCUCACCUGUGGGAGGUGGAGCAGAGCUUCAAGAAGAAGGGCGAUGAAGAACUGAUGAUCGAUGAUCUUGCAGUGUCUGACGAACUAUGGAGAAUCACUGAAGCUGCAAUGGAGUCCCAGAGGAUUGAGGCCCAGAUGUCCAUCCAGGAGAGGAAAGAGCAGAUAGAAGCUCAAGAGGAGGCCUGGAAGUCGAAAGGUCACGGCGCUGCUAACGAUUCCACCCAGUUCACUGUGGCCGCACGCAUGGUGAAGAAAGGGUUGGCCUCCCCUGCUACGCCGCAAUCUUCAUCUAAACCCAAGAACAGUAGCCUCGCCAUCUCCAAACCACAAGAUGAUGUGGAGGACAUGGGUGAUGUCGAAGAAAUCAAGGCUGUACCGGAUCUGAACCUGGAGUCGGACAGCAAACUGGAAAAGCUCGAGUCGUUCCUCGGCAAGAUCAAUAGUAAAGUAGCAGCGCUGCCAGAAGCUACUGUGACAGUGACAGAGAAGAAAAUUAAAGAAGUCAUGACACUGGAAGAUGAGACUUUUUCCAAGUUCUACCGCCAAGUGGAGGAGCUGCCGACCGUCGCCAACAAGGUGGAGCUUGUUGACGACUUUGACGCCAUCUUCGGGCCGCAGGUUCCAACGCUGAUGUCGGACAUGGUGCAGCACAAGCGAGCGGUGCGCCCAACGCGGAAUGUUCAAGCGUCUAAGAACCCGCUAAAGAUGCUCGCUGCCAGAGAGGACAUCAGACACGAAUACACCGAGCAGCGCCUCAACGUGGGCCUGCUGGAGAGCAGGAGAAUGAAGGCUGAGAAAAUGAACAAGAACUCCAACUUAUCCGACGUUGCCCUGGCCGGUCUUGCCAGCAAAGAGAACUUCAGCAAUGUUAACCUGCGCAGCGUGAACAUCUCUGAGCAGAUGUCCAACAAUAGUGCCGUGCCCUACAAGAAACUGAUGCUCUUGCAGGUCAAAGGCCGCCGGCAUAUCCAGACCAGGCUAGUGGAGCCAAGAGCGUCAUCACUCAACAGCGGUGACUGUUUCCUACUCAUCACUCCUCAUCACUGCUUCAUUUGGACGGGAGAGUUUGCUAAUGUCAUUGAGAAGAACAAGGCUUCAGAGUUGGGCAACUUCAUCCAGAGCAAGAAAGAUCUGGGUUGCCGUGCCGACUACGUCCAGGUCAUCGAGGAAGGCCUCAGUACUCACAGCCACGCUGUCAAGGAGUUCUGGAAGAUCCUGGGAGGCCACUUGAGUUACCAGUCAGUGGGCACGCCGGAUGAAGAUGAGCUUUACGAGGCCGCCAUUGUAGAGACAAACUGUAUUUACCGUCUUAUGGACAACAAACUGGUGCCGGAUGACGAUUUUUGGGCCAAGAUACCUCGCUGUUCCUUACUCAAACCAAAGGAGGUUCUGGUUUUUGACUUUGGCAGUGAGAUGUACAUUUGGCAUGGGAAGGAAGUGACACUGGCACAGAGGAAGGUGGCCUUCCAGCUGGCCAAACACCUGUGGAACGGAACAUUUGACUACACAAACUGUGACAUCAACCCGCUCGAUCCCGGAGAGUGCAACCCCCUCAUUCCCAAGAAAGGCCAGGGGCGUCCUGACUGGGCAGUGUUUGGCAGAUUGACUCACCACAAUGAAACCACCCUGUUCAAAGAGAAGUUCUUAGACUGGAGUGAUUCCAGGAAAACCCCCAGUCCCACUAAAACCAGCAACAAUCACAUCAAUGAUCACAAGGAGCAGCCCACCUCAGAUCAGCCCCACGCAUACGACGCCGCACUAAUGAUGCCACUGCACCAGGCGCCCGUCUGCACCGUAGUGGACGGCUUGAAUGUAGGGCGGGGCUACGGUCUGGUGGAGGGGGACGACCGGCGCUGCUACGAGGUCACCACCCUUGCCGUGGAGGUGUGGCACAUCCUGGAGUUCGACUACAGCCGACUGCCACGCCAAAGCGUCGGCCAGUUCCACGAGGGUGAUACCUAUGUGGUGAAGUGGAAGUACAUGGUCAGCACGGCAGUUGGGAAGCGGCAAAACCCUGAGCAGCUGAAGACUGCGGGGCCCGGCAAAGAGAAAUGCUGCUACUUCUUUUGGCAGGGUCGCAACUCCACAGUCAGCGAGAAAGGAACAUCGGCGCUCAUGACUGUCGAGUUGGAUGAGGAACGAGGAGCGCAGAUUCAAGUCCUGCAGGGAAAAGAACCCCCGUGUUUCCUGCAGUGCUUCAAAGGAAGGAUGAUCGUCCACGCAGGGAAGAGAGAAGAGGAGGAAAACUCACAAAAUGACUGGCGACUGUACUGUGUGCGAGGGGAAGUGGAGGUGGAGAGCCACCUUGCGGAGGUGGUGUGCCACUGCAGUAGCCUGCGCUCCAGGGUCUGCGUGGUACUGCUGAGUGUCAGCCAGUCCCUCAUCUACCUCUGGCACGGCUGCAAGUCGCAGGCGCACACGCGGGAGGUGGCGCACACCGCAGCCAGCAGCAUCAAAGACCACUGUCCUCUGGAAGCAGGCCUCCACAGUAGCAGCAAGGUGACCAUACGGGAAUGCAAUGAGGGAGCCGAACCUCUAGGAUUCUGGGAGGCCCUUGGCAGGAGAGACAGGAAAGCAUAUGACUGCAUGCUGCAAGAUCCUGGCAGGUUCAACUUCACGCCGCGUCUGUACCAGCUGAGCAGCAGUUCAGGGGACUUUGUAGCCGUGGAAUUUCUCUACCCAGCCAGAGAUACCCGGAAGGUUAACUCCAUGCCCUUCCUGCAGGAGGACCUUUAUUCUACCUCCCAACCAGCUUUGUUCCUGGUGGAUAACCACCAUGAAGUGUACCUGUGGCAGGGUUGGUGGCCUCGGGACAGCGAAAGCACCGGCUCAGCCCGAAUCCGCUGGGACUCGGACAGGAAGUGUGCAAUGGAGACGGUGCUGCAGUACAGUAGAGAAAAGAAUCCGAAAAAGGCCCCGAAGGCGUAUCUGAUCCACGCUGGCCUGGAGCCGCUCACCUUCACCAACAUGUUCCCCAGCUGGGAGCACCGGGAAGACAUCGCUGAGAUCACUGAGCGGGAGGCCGAGGUGUGUAACCAGAUCAUCCUGGUGGAAGAUGUGUUAGCCAGACUUUGUCAGACCACGUACCCUCUGGACGAUCUCCUGGCCCGGCCGCUGCCCGAGGGCGUUGACCCCCUGCGCUUGGAGGUCUACCUCUCGGACGAGGACUUCCAGAAAGGCUUGCAGAUGACCAGAGAAGAGUAUGCCAGGAUGCCCCCGUGGAAGCAAAUGAACUUGAAGAAAACCAAAGGGCUUUUCUAAAUGUAGCAGUAAGCAUGUAAACAGACACAUACACCAGGAAAAGCCAGCGCCGUUCUGUAUGAGGGUUUCGAGGCUCAGGAGCAGCCUCUCCUGAGUCGACCCUCUAAUGGGGAUGACAUCGACAGAUGAGGAUGAGAGGUGUGCCAGCUUCUCAUUUAUUUGUUUGUCUUUCUGAGCUUGUGUUUGUAUAAUAAAACUGCACUUGGGUAUCUGAGAGGACUAUUUUACAGUGUGCAUGCAUGUACAUACGAUGUAGCAUAGAUGGGACACAGUCAGUGCCCUCACAUUUGUCAGCCUCUUGUCUACAUGUUUGACUUCUUGGUGCAAAUAAUUUAUAUUUAUAUUCAUGUAGGACAAAAACUAAGCUAAUGAAAAUGUUAUGAGUAUAGAAAACUAUGGUCGUGUUUAAAAAAAAUGUUGUAAUCCUCCAUUGCUGUACAGGUAUAACAUUUUGCCAUUUAACCAUCAAAAUAAUGCAACUUUUAUUAUGCCUUUUUUUAAUUGACCAACUAAAGACUGUUUGAGAUAAUGAAAUGUAUUUGAUUCAUAAAACCUACACUGUAGUGCCUUGCAUUUGUGUACAGUUUAUAUACAGAUCACAGUCUGCCUUUUGAGGACUUUUUGUGACAACUGUAAUUGAAAUAAACCCUGGAUGUGGA